GACUCUCUAUUGGUUAAAGAAAGUGGACACCGCCCAUUUUGACAACCCAGCCAUGGUCAUUUAAAAGUCUGCUGCUCCACGCGUGUCUCGCAUUGCCUGUAGAACGGAUUGACCGAAAGAAAUGGCGGGGGGGAAAGGACGGGGCAUCGCGGCCUUCACCUUCAACAUCGAUGCCCUGGGCAUCACCAGGGGCUCCAUGCCCGAGACGGCCCGCGGACCCAGAGCGCUGUUCCCGGACAUGGAGUACAAGCCGGGGCCGUUGAAGGCGGGGGAGGAUGAAGACUACAUGCUGGCCCUGAAGCAGGAGAUGAGAGGAACCAUGAAGCGUCUGCCCUACAACAUCCCGCUGCCCGAGAAGAAAGGCGAUGUGGAGCGGUACAAGGAGAAAUACACGCGGAGUGGCCAGAAAGAGGUGGCGAAUGAUUGGACACCAGAUUGGACACGCCUGCCAAAGGAACUGAUGCCACAAAAGAAAAAAGUGAAAAAGAAACCCGAAGUGAAGAAGAAAUCCAAGAAAGAAACAAAAGAAGAAAAAGAAGAAUUGCUGACUCGGCUAGAUGAACUAGAAAAGAAAGACGGGGAACCUGAUGAAGAAAAAGAAGGCAAAAAAAAAGGAGAGGGUGAGGAAGAUGAGGAAGAGUUGGAGGCUGAGGAGUAUGAUGAAGAGGAGGUUGAAGAGGAGAAUGACUACAUUUCCAGCUACUUUGAUAACGGAGAAGAGUUUGGUGGCGGCAGUGACGACAAUAUGGAUGAAGCCACAUACUAGCCCGAAACUGCCUCAGUGCUUCAGAGCAUACGUGCAGCCAUUUUGAGAGACUUAAGCCAAGUACUGGAAAUGCAAUUAAUGUAGAUAUGUAAUAAUGUAUAUGUGCCAAGUGAUUUUUUUCUGUAAUUAUAAAUUAUGCAGGAGCUUGCUUCUCGUCACGAUAAAUUAUUGUAUAAAUUCACGUGGACUCCAUGUUGAGCAUGCCUGAGUACAUUGGUCAUCAAAUAAUAAAUGUGAAACCCUGGUAGAA